AAAAUAACUUGGCAUUGGAACGACAAAUUCAAGAAAUUUGAAUACAUUUACACGGUGGUUGGUUUCUCGGAUAUGAUCGAGCGUCGUUCGAUGCGAGUGGGUGCUCCAUAUGAAGCAAACGUUUUCUGUGCUCUUUGCGCUGAAGAAUUAGCACAUUCACAAGCAGCCGUAGAUUUGCAUGUUCGAUCAUUGGAGCAUGUAAUUAAUUAUGUGCACAAGUAUCAUACACACCGGCUAAAAGAGAUGCUGGACAAGCAAGCUGUUAAUGAUGAUGGCAAAGAGCUUCGGCGCUUUCUGGGACAGCUGCUAAAAGAUGAAGGUGCACCAAAUAAUAUGCGAGUGUAUGAUCCAAAUGGAAUGCACGAAGAAAGAAAGAAG